AUGCUGUCCCGACUUCACCAAGCGGCACAAGACGGCAACUGGAACCUCGCCAAUGAUUUGCUGCACAAAGGGGAGGAUGUCAAUCAAAAGCGCAAUUUUCAAGUUCGUUUUUACUUUGGUCAUCAAACUACGGCAUUGCAUGUGGCUUGCGGCGCUGGACAUUUGAAGAUUGCACGGCUGCUCUUAGACCGAGGUGCUGAUGUGGACGCAACCUGUGCUCGUGGUUGGACACCCUUGCAUUCUGCAUGUGAAAGCCGGCACAUUGAUAUUGCACAAAUUUUAUUGGAUCAUGGCGCUGAUUUGGAAGCAAGGACAGCCGAAAGAUGGACGCCAUUGAGUGUGGCCUCGAGGGACGAAGAGUGGGAGGGAACGCGGCUUUUGUUGGACCAUGGUGCGGAUUUGAACGUCCAGGACCGGGAAGGAGAUACACCCCUACACGGCGCUUGUCGCAACGAUUUGGAUGAUACUGUACGGCUUUUCGUAGAACGUGGGGCAGCCGUGAAUGUAACGAAUGACAUGGAUGAGACACCGAUGUUUGUCGCUUGUCAACGUCAAAACUUGGAGAUUAUUCGGCUGUUGUUGGAGGGGGGUGCAGAUCUUGAAGAUUUCACAGAAGAGCCGCCUUUGCACCACGUUUGUAGACUAGGACAUUUGGAAACUGUCAGACUCUUAUUAGACAGUGGUGCUAACUUGGAAGGAAGGAACCAUCAUGGUCAGACUCCAUUGUUGACUGCAUGCACGUUUGGGCAUCUAGACGUUGCACAGCUUUUGCUCGAUCGACAUGCAGAUUUGGACUCAAAGGAUGAUGAAGGAGAUACUUCACUAUUAGCUGCAUGCAAAAGCUGCCAUGAAGACCUUGUAGCGUUCUUGGCCGAUGCCGGUGCUAAUAUUAAUAUUCAUGAGGAGCUACGGGGCUGGGCACCUUUACACGUCGCCAGUGAAAAUGGAAGGGCCAAUAUUGUGGCAUUGCUGCUUGAUAGCGGUGCCGAUGUUGAAUCACUAGGAAGAGACAAUUUCACACCAUUGCACACUGCUUGCGGAUUAUGUGGGUUUGGCCAAAUGGAAGUUGUCCGACUCCUCUUGGAUCAGCAUUCCAAUUUAGAAGCGCGGACGAAUGGUGGCUAUACCCCACUGCAUCUCGCAUGUGAACAUGCAGACAUGGAAACUGUGCGUCUAUUGUUGGAUCGAGGGGCAAACGUGCGGGCCAGAACGGAGGGAGGCAUGACUCCUUUACCCCUCGCCGCCGAAAAGGAUUCUCAUGAGGUCGUAUGGUUGUUACUACAUCGUUAUCCAUGGCUAGUAAUAGACAAUCCCGACGAUCAAGCGAAUCCACAAACAUAG